CAGGAGAGUUAGUAAUCCAAUUUAAGGUAGCAGUCACAGUAACUUCGAAACAUUUGUAUGUUCUUUGGAAGUGGAAGCCCCAAAAAUGAAGUUUUAGUAUUUUAGGCAGGUCUCUUAACACUUUGAAUGCUAGCUGUUAAAACAAAAUAAAAAGUGAAAUAAAUAAAUUUGAAAAAGGAACACAAUGGGAAAAGGUACAUGCAAUACUGAAUAAGGACGCUUGGUGGCGCUGCAGGCUAAGCGUAUGAAUAAUGGGCUCUGCAGAUGCCCUGGAAGCCAUUGCUGGGAAUCAGAACUUACACUGCUCCCACAAAGAAGGUAGCAUUCACUUUGGAUCUAAGGAAGCGAUUUCCAGAGCCUUAGCUCCAACAGGAAGCCAGUGAGUAAAAUUUAGUUCUGCUAUUUCAUCGAAACACGUGUGUGGAUUCUAACACUUUAAAAGACACUGUACUUUCUGGAUCCAGUGUGAACAAUGGAGACAACGCUAGCAAAAACGUCACAGCAAAGGCAAGUUGUUUUUCUUACUAUGUUGUUGCUUUUGCGGGUGUCUGGUUCUGAGGCAAUUAAAUAUUCCAUGCCAGAAGAAACAGAGAGUGGCUACUUGGUGGCUAACCUAGCAAAAGAUCUGGGGCUCAAGGUUGGAGAACUGGCCACUAGAGGGGCACGAAUCCAUCACAGAGGAAACAAAGACCUCUUGCAGCUGGAUGCAGAGACUGGGAAUUUGUUCUUGAAGGAAAAACUAGACCGCGAGGUGCUGUGCGGGCUGACAGAACCUUGUGUGCUGCAGUUCCAGAUCAUACUGAAAAACCCUGUGCAGUUCUUCCAAACUGAAUUGCAGCUCACAGAUAUAAACGACCAUUCUCCAGAGUUCCCUGACACAGAAAUGCUCCUAACAAUCCCUGAGAAUGUCCAUCCAGGGACUGUGUUUCCUCUAAAGGCAGCUCAGGACUCUGAUAUAGGGAGCAACGCUGUUCAGAACUACACAGUCAGUCCCAACCUCCAUUUCCACGUCGUUACUCACAGUCGCACAGAUGGCAGGAAAUACCCAGAGCUGGUGCUGGACAGAGCCCUGGAUAGGGAGGAGCAGCCUGAGCUCACUUUAAUCCUCACUGCUCUGGAUGGGGGUGCUCCACGCAGGUCUGGUAUGACCGCAGUUCAUAUUGAAGUCGUGGACAUAAAUGAUAAUGCCCCCCAGUUUGUACAAUCGCUCUAUGAGGUGCAGGUUCCUGAGAAUAUCCCCCUCGAUGCCUUAGUUGUCACAGUCUCUGCCACGGAUUUAGAUGCUGGGAUAUAUGGCAAUGUGGCCUAUUCUCUGUUUCAAGGCAGUAGAGAUUCUCAACCAUUUGUAAUAGACGAAAUCACCGGAGAAAUCCGUCUGAGCAAAGAGCUGGAUUUCGAGGUAGCUCCAUACUAUAAUGUGGAAAUUGCAGCGGUAGAUGGAGGGGGGCUUUCAGGAAAAUGCACUGUGGCUGUACAGGUGUUGGAUGUGAAUGAUAACGCCCCAGAGUUGACCAUUUCCACGUUCUCAAGCCCUGUCCCUGAAAACUCCCCUGAGACUGUAGUAUUGGUUUUUGGGGUUUUUGACCAAGAUUCUGGGGACAAUGGAAGGAUGGUGUGCUCUAUUCAGAAUGAACAUCCAUUUCUUUUAAAGUCCACAUUCGAGAACUAUUAUACUUUAGUGACAGAGAGGCCACUGGACAGAGAGAGCAGAGCUGAGUACAACAUCACCAUCACUGUCUCUGACCUGGGUACACCCAGGCUCACAACCCAGCACACCAUAACAGUGAAGGUGUCUGACAUCAACGACAACGCCCCCGCCUUCACCCAGACCUCCUACACCAUGUUUGUCCGCGAGAACAACAGCCCCGCCCUGCACAUAGGCACCAUCAGCGCCACAGACUCAGACUCAGGCUCCAAUGCCCACAUCACCUACUCGCUGCUGCCGCCUCGAGACCCACAGCUGGCCCUCGACUCGCUCAUCUCCAUCAAUGCUGACAACGGGCAGCUGUUCGCGCUCAGGGCGCUGGACUAUGAGGCCCUGCAGUCCUUUGAGUUCCUUGUGGGCGCCACAGAUGGAGGCUCGCCGGCGCUCAGCAGCCAGGCUCUGGUGCGCGUGGUGGUGUUGGACGACAAUGACAAUGUGCCCUUCGUGCUCUACCCUUUGCAAAAUGCCUCUCCGCCCUGCACAGAGCUACUGCCCAGGGCAGCAGAGCCUGGCUACCUGGUCACUAAGGUGGUGGCGGUGGACCAGGACUCUGGCCAGAAUGCCUGGCUGUCGUUCCAGCUGCUCAAGGCCACAGAGCCUGGGCUGUUCAGUGUGUGGGCACACAAUGGCGAGGUGCGCACCGCCAGGCUUCUGAGCGAGCGCGACGUGCCCAAGCACAAGUUGCUGCUACUGGUCAAGGACAAUGGAGAGCCUCAGCGCUCUGCCAGUGUCACUCUGCACGUGCUGCUUGUGGAUGGUUUCUCUCAGCCUUACCUGCCUCUGCCAGAGGUGGCGCUGGACCCUACAUACGAUGAAGAUAAUCUCACGCUGUAUCUUGUCGUUGCCUUGGCAUCUGUGUCUUCUCUCUUCCUCCUGUCUGUGUUGCUGUUCGUGGGCGUGAGGCUGUGCAGGCGGGCCAGGGCUUCCUCUCUGGGAGGCUACUCUGUGCCUGAGGGACACUUACCCAGCCACCUGGUGGACGUCAGCGGUAUGGGGACCCUGUCCCAAAGCUACCAGUAUGAGGUGUGUCUGAUGGGGGAAUCUGGGACCACAGAUUUUAAGUUCUUGAAGCCCAGCAUUCCUAACAGUUUUAUUGCAGACAAUUAAUUCCAUGUUGAAUAGUUAAAAUUACAGAAAAGUCUUAGGUAUCAUUAAGAAAAGUAUAACUCACAGUUGCCUGGGUGUCAGUAUUUUCUGGUAAUUAGUAAUAUUUCCUUGAGAUAAUGUUUUAUUUCUAUAUGCUUUUACUUUUUACAUUACCAAUUAAUGCUUCAACUGCCUUCUGUCUUAUAAUGCAAUCUUAGCGUAUACUUUCUGUCACUCUGCUAGAAAUAAAAUCUUUACUCUGCUAGUGAUAACUGAAAUAGUUUUAAAAUCUUAUUUAAUGUAGUGUAUUUGACAAGCAAUAUAGAAUGCCAAACAUUUUCAAGAUUUAUCUAUAAGAGUUUCUUCUUUGAUUUUCUUAGGACAUAUGCUAACUAUACAAUGUGGUGGGUUUAUUGUGAUGUUUGCAUACAUGUAGAUAGUGUACCUUGUUCAUA